AUGAAAGUGUACGAGUGCACUGUGAAUGGGGAGAGGGGGAUUAUUGGGGUUGACAGAAAAUACCUGAAAAUAUGCACUCGCCACGAGAUUUUGGGGAUGGAGGACAUAUCUGAAAUAUCCCAGGAUAAGGCGGAUCUUGCAGUUCUUCUCCACAGUAAAAGAACGCUAAAUGUGCACGGGUUAGACGAUGCAUGUGCAGCUACGCUCUUGGAGACGGGCAAAAGCAAAAGAAUGAUCAGCAAGGAGGAAAUAUCCGACUCCAUAAAGAGAAACAUCCAGCUGCAAAAGUCGUACAGGAGCAUAAGCCCGGCAGAGCACAGAGUCUUCUACCGGAUCUUUGGAGAGUCUCUCCUGAAGGGGGCACGCCCUAACGAGCCGCUGAAGAUAGAGCAGGCUUCCAGCAGCGGAAAGGCGAAGUUUCUCAUCUCCAACAGAACAGCGAUGCAGGCGUACUUUAACAUGGACAUUCCUUUUGGCGUGUUCGUAAAGUGUUUCUACAGCGGAUAUCUAACAACAGGCUCCCCUGAGAACGACGUUGAUUUGGAGAUAUUUCGGAUCCUGAAACGGCCAAUAAACCCGAUGGAGCGAGUGAAUGUGCAGUCUAUGGUGCAGCAGGACAUCGCAGAGACGCCUGCAGAGCCUAUCAAGAAAAAGCCGGCGCCUGCAAAGAAGGAGCACCUGAUAAACCCGUGUCUUGUAAACCCGCUAGUCUCAAGAGAGUCAGAUAAGAGCAGCGAAUGCUCCAGAGGAAAGCUUGGAAGGCCGAUUCUAUUCCCUCCGAAAAUCAGGAUUUCAAGCAUUCACCCGAUAAGAAGAGUCGGCAUCCCCGUUGAAAUACUCCGCAGAAUGAAGGAAAUAUCGAAGCUUGUCUUCAAGAAUAAAGCCUCCUCGGAAGAUUUGGAGGAAAUAUCCAAUAAUAUGCAGCAGUCAUUAAAGGAGGAAAUCAGAAGAAAGCUGCCAAUAGAGGAGGCUGAUGCUGUAAUUUUGGCAAUUUCCCGAAUAUCCCCCUCCCGGUUUCUAAAUGCACUCAAAGCCAAUCACCGUAAAUAA